AUGGCCACCCCUAGUGUCCUAGCCUUUGACGCCGAGGGUCGCGCCAUUGAUUUUGAGGUCUGGCUAGAUGACCUGCAGCUUUUCUUACAGUGCGACAGAGCUGACAGCCUUUCUCUCUUUGACCUCACCUCUGGCGCCUCUCCUGCUCCUGCUGCCGAUGCUGAUCCCACUGUCCGCUCUCAGUGGGCCACCCGCGAUGCUGCUGCACGUCUUGCUGUGCGUCGCCACCUCCCUACCUCUGAGCGUGCGCAUUUUAGUCAGUACAAGAGUGCUCAGACCUUGUACGACGCUGUAGUUGCACGCUACUCCUCUCCUGCCACUGCUGCACUGAGCCGUCUCAUGCUUCCCUACCUCUUUCCUGACCUCUCUGCCUUUCCCACUGUCGCUGACCUCAUUACGCACCUCCGCACUAGUGACACUCGCUACCGCGCCGCCCUUCCUGCUGAGUUCUGCGCUAAGAACCCCCCCCCCAUGUACAUCACUCUCUACUACGUAGUUGCACGCCUCCGUGACUCCCUCCGCGUAGUCAGGGACCACUUUCUCGCAGUCUGUCCCACCACUCUCACCGUCGACCUCCUCGAGAAGGCCCUCCUCGCAGCGGAGAAGAGCAUAGUCGCUGUCGGUGCCUCUCGUGGUGACCCUCGCACCCCCAUCUUUGAGGGGUGCUCUCCUUCCCCCUUGCUGCCCUCUGUUGCCUCUGCUGCUGCGGCCGACCUGCUUGGUCUUGAGUCGGUCGGCGCGGCGUCUGCCCCUAGUGGGAGACGUCGCUCUGGCAAGGGCAAGGGGGGCAAGGGCGCGGGCGGAGCUGGAGGGGGCGGUGGCGGUGGCGGCGGAGGCGGCGGAGGGAGUGGGGGUGGCGGCGGGAGUAGUGGUAGUGGUGGUGGUGGUGGUGGCAGCAGCGGCGGAGACGGUGGUGGUGGUGGCACCGGUGGUGGUGGAGGCAGCAGCGGGAGUGGAGGCGGUGGAGGUGGAGGCGGUGGAGGUGGAGGCGGUGGAGGCGGCGGCGGAGGAGGCGGUGGUGGUGGAGGAGGUGGAGCUGGUCGUGGUGGUACCCAGCAGCGGAGCGGCGGUGGUGGUGGCCAGCGCUUGCAGCGGCAGCAGCAGCAGCGUUCGCGGGACAUCCCUCCGCCUCAGCAGCUUCGUGAGUGGUACACUGCGCGUCAGAGGGGUGGGGGUACUGGUCCCUGCGCCUACGUUCUUCGUUCCGGCGACCGCGCGGGGCUGGUGUAG